ACAACAUCCGGGUGAUUAUUAAAAAAAUUGGCGGUUUGUGUUCGUGCUUCUGCUGCCGUCAUGCCUGACAAAUCUUGAAGCAAACGGUGGUUUAGUUUAGCCGUCGGCUUUAAGCGGAUUCAUAAAUGUUUCGGGGCUAAAAGUCGACAUUGUUGUGGCUUUGUUUUGUGCGUAUUGUUAAAUGUUUUCGCCAGACUUCCAGCAGCUAGCCUUGAAGUUAUAGCUAUCAAGCUAGCAGGGAAGCUAGCCGGACGGGGUCUCUGCCGCUGGGAGGAGAAGAACUGAAGGCGGAGGCUUUUCCAGCUCGGGGGAGUAAUGGCGAACCCGACCCUGACGCAGAGGAAAAACGGACAGUAUCUGUGGUUUUCUCUGCUCGGCCUGGGUUUCCAGCCUGAAGCUGCCGCGGCGUCGCUCGCCGGCAAAGCCAACAUCAAGUAUCUCAUCCUGGGGCCGCACAUGUUCGACAAACCAAACAAAGACGCCUAUUACCUGGUAACCCAUUUCCUGCUGGAGAAACUCAACCCUGCUCGCUUUCAGGAAGCCUACAGGCACUGCUGGCCUGUUCUGGAUCACAAAGCAGACGCUGAGUUUCGAAAGGUCACCUGUGCCUGGCUGCGGGAAAUCAUGGAUGAAACCGCCAACGCCGGAUCCAAAGUGGUGAUGUCAUUGUUUCUCUCCCCCGGCGGACCCAAGUUCCUCAGCUUGAUGAUCCAGUUGGCCAGCCAUGUUAUGCUGCAGGACAUGAAAACCUUCACCACCGAUAAGAGCUGGGUUCCUGAGGCCGCAGCCAUGCCUGCAUCCACCUUGACUAUCGCCGCGUCCAGGCUGAAUUUCACCCGGACCAGAUUCCUGAAAGCUGCUGUGGAUCAGGAUCGUUUCCUCCAUGACUACCAAAGACGAGCUCAGGUUCUGGUUAAGUCCACACGAGACCUGAAGGCAGAAGGCGCCAAGUACGACCAGCUGCUGAAGCGUCUGGGUGCUGAAACUGCUGAGGAUGCAGAUUCUCUCUCUGAGAAGAUCAGAAAGGUUCGUGACUUGUGGUCAGCCAUUGAAGGAAUGCUGUCUGCCGUCAGGGAGCAGCAGACGGCGGUGGAAAGUGUUUUGAAAGGAGACGUGGAUCAGUACGUCCUGGACGGGACCAAUCGAGUCCUGAAACUUCCUCGUUGUCUGCUGGAGAGAAUCGAGCGUCUUCCACACCAGUUGAAUUCGGGGGCGGUGUACGAGGCCGGCCAGCUGAACCUCCUCUGUGUGACGGAGGUGUUGAAUCACGCGCUGCAGCUCCUGAAGGAGGAGCGUCGCCGGGUCUCUCCCGCCGCCGACUCCCCGGCCGGCCCUCAGCACCUCCAGGAGAAGUGCCACCAGAUGAGCCGGGUGCUGCAGGACCUCCACCUCAUCAGGCAGAAACUUUCCAAGGAGGACAUCCCAGAAGUCAGGAUGGCCAUCGAAGAGCUGCAGGCCGGCUGGGACCAGAGGUGGAUGCACGUCCUGAAAGAAAAACCCCUCGUGUCUUUCCUGAAUGAGGACCCUGCUCUUGGUUUCCUCUCACCCAUGGCUCCUCUUUCUUUCGAACCGGCUCCUGAAGCCGCCUACAGGCAGAGCAUCUUCUCUCAGUUUCCUGCAAAACUUCUCGAGGAGAGGCCUGCAGAGAGCGAGUCAGCUGAAGGAGCGAACCCGAGUGUUGGUGUCAGAAGCUGUCCUGCAGCGCCCAACACGUCGGAUCGUCCGGCUGCUCCCGACGCAUCCAGAGCAAACCGAUCUCUGGACUGGCUUUUUGACACGCCUCCAUCCCCUCCGAGAAAGGCUUCAGCCGUGGCUCCAGUCGAGGCCAGCGCUCGCAAGACGACCCGUCAGAGGACGGCGCUGCCGCUGAAGACCGAAACGCAGAUUUUAGACCUGGAGCAUGAAAACCUCGCCGACCAGUUUGCAGACGCCAUAACCACGGCCAGUCCUGCUGAGGGCCGAGUGAGAAGUUUGGAUCUGGAGGAUCUUCUCAGCAGCCUUCAGAGGGAUCCCUUCAGUGCUAGGAAGCAGCUGCAUCGUACGCCUGAGAGCUUAAUAAUGGCUGUGAAAGGCUCCUGGAGGAAAGCGGUGGAGGAGGAAGAAGCUAAAGGCGUCUCCCCGUCGUCCGAGCUGAACGACAGCCUGUCUGGGCGGCUCAGUCCCGUCGCUCGGCUGCAAAGCCCCGAGGCUCCCUCCCAGAGCGCCUCCCUCACGCCGGGCCAGGCCCCCCCUGCGGAUCAGGACCGCUCCUCCGUCUGCCAGCAGGGACUCUUCCACAAGUCCUCUCUUUUGUGGGACACCUACGCCGAGGCCCACGACAGCCCGAGCGGCACCGGCAGCAGCGCCGUUCAGUUCAGCCUCGACCAGGAAACCCUGCCUGAAAUGCCGAGCUUCGACAGCCUGAACCCGGAGGACGAUGAGGCUGUGGACGUGACGAGCGAGGAGGAGGAGGAGGAGGUGCUCAUCCCCUCCUUGAAGCAGAGCCUACUGACCCCAGCUCUCCGGGGGAGCAACAACGCCGAGGGUCUUCUGUCGGGUUACGGCGUCCCCGCUGUGGAGGGAAGCUGGUUGGUUGAAGCCCAGGCAGCAGAGGAGGCCUCCAAGGUGUUUUCACUGGAACUAGAUUCACUGGAUUCGCCUCAAAAGAAGCAAGACUACGGCCUGCCGGCACUGAUCACCUUCUCCCCGAUAGAUGACAUGAAAUGUUAGCGCCGUUAAAAGGAAACUCUUCAUUCUUUUCUUUUCUUUUUUAAAUGUGCACUCUCUAUUCUACCUUGUCAUGAAAUAAAAUAUGUACAUAGCUGUAAAAAUAAAACGUACGUUGCACCCUGGGUCACUUCCAAUUGGGAAUUUAUGUCACGGCUGACUGAACUGGUUUAUUAAACAUGAAAUGGUG